GUCUAUGGGCUAUGGGCGCACCUGUUCCUUCUUCAGGUUCUUCAGUAAUCUGUGGUAGUUGAAAAUGGUCUGACAGUAGCGAAAGUAGAGUUUGAUGUUGAGAUAGUUUGUACAUAUGUAAUUUUUUACAUAUUGAAUAUCACUCGUUGAUUUUAGUUUGUGUAUUGAAUAAUUUCCUCGAAGUUGUUGGUGCAUACACGUCAGUGAACAACAUGUUUCGUAUUUUGCAUAAACGGACGAAAAUGAAACUCGUAGGAAUGUGAGGUCAAAAAUAUAUCUCGGAUUUACAGAUUUCAGCCCAUUUACAAUAUAACAAAUUCACCAUGGAUUGUCUUACAUUCAGAGGAAGACUGUAUAUUUCUUGACAAACAGUCAAUGUUAGUUAGAGGAAUUACCUGUGUCCAGACUUCGAAAUGGGGAAUAUCUGUUCAUCAUCAAAGGGACUCUUCCUAGCAAUAAUGAUACUACUUGCAUUUUGCCUGAGUAUGACCACAAUUUUAGCACAUUUUGGGGAUGUGGCUCAAUCAAUGACAAGCGAGAAAAGGGAGGAACUGAAGGAAGAAGCAAGAGACAUGUUUUAUCAUGCUUACAGAGCAUACAUGGAAAAUGCCUAUCCUGCUGAUGAGCUGAUGCCACUCAGUUGUACUGGCCGGUGGAGGGGAACGGAACCCAGUCGGGGAGACAUAGAUGACACUCUUGGAAACUUUUCACUGACUUUGAUAGAUACACUGGAUACCCUUGCCGUGCUAGGGGACCUUGAGGAGUUCGAGCAUGCUGUGCAGCUGGUGCUGAGGGACGUUAGUUUCAACAGUGAUGUGAUUGUCUCUGUGUUUGAGACCAACAUCAGAGUCCUUGGUGGAUUGCUGUCAGGACAUGUUUUGGCUGAAUACUUGCAGCAGCGAGCGGGCAUCAUGAGGUGGUAUCAUGGAGAACUGUUGCAGAUGGCACGGGACCUGGGAUAUCGUCUCUUGCCAGCUUUCAACACCACAACUGGCAUUCCUCAUGCAAGGAUCAACUUGAGGUACGGACUGAAGAGCCCAAAGCUGGAGUCAUCACGUGAAACAUGUACAGCAUGUGCAGGAACCAUGAUUCUAGAAAUGGCAGCACUGUCACGACUUACUGGCGAACCUGUGUUUGAGGAAAAAGCUCAUCGGGCCAUGGAUGAGCUGUGGAAAAUCAGACAUCGGAGCUCAGAUCUGAUGGGCACUGUUCUGAACAUUCAUUCAGGUGACUGGGUACGAAGGGACUCUGGUGUGGGUGCAGGCAUUGACUCCUACUAUGAAUAUUGCCUGAAGGCUUACAUCCUGCUUGGUGAUGAACGUUACCUUGGCCGCUUCAAUAAGCAUUACUCUGCUGUGAUGAAGUACAUCAGCCAGGGCCCCAUGCUGAUCGAUGUCCACAUGCACCGUCCGCACACUAAUUCCCGCAACUUCAUGGAUGCCCUCCUUGCAUUCUGGCCUGGCCUGCAGGUGUUGAAAGGGGACAUCAAGCCUGCAGUGGAGACACAUGAAAUGUUGUACCAGGUGAUGCAGCGUCACACCUUCAUUCCAGAGGCCUUCACUACUGACUUCCAGGUUCACUGGGGACAGCAUCCGCUUCGACCAGAGUUUCUGGAAUCCACUUAUUUCCUUUAUCGGGCAACAGGUGACCCAUACUAUCUGGAAGUGGGGCGUAAUGUUCUAAGAAGUCUGCAGAAGUAUGCACGUGUACCAUGUGGGUAUGCAGCUGUCAGAGAUGUGCGCACAGGCAUACAUGAGGACAGAAUGGACUCAUUUGUGCUAGCAGAGACUCUUAAGUACCUUUAUCUUCUGUUUGCUGAUCCAGCAGAUCUUGUGCUAGAUCUGGAUGAGUUUCUGUUUACUACAGAGGCCCAUCUUCUUCCGCUGUCACUUGCUCGCAGCUCGAACUAUACAGUUGUUACGAUCUCAGAACAGCUGGAGAUGAGAAGGGGAGAAGCAGACCCAGAAUACACACGCUCGUGUCCCAAUACCCUGCAUUUGUUCCCUGAAUCAGUUCGUAGGCCCCUGCGCAACCUUGUGGAUGGUAUUUGUCCACGGAGACCCACACGGAGAAGAUUACAUGCUUCUGAGUUCCAGGCUGGUAAUCCUGAUCACAUGAAAAUGGUGAAGGAUAUGGGCAUUUCUAUCCUUACUCUACCUGAUGGCAGGGUGCAGCUGCUGCACACUUUUUCUAACGCUCGGACACCAACUGAUGCAGAAGAGGGACUGCUUUUCAUGCAGGAGAUGGUGCAACUGGCGAAGUCACAGUCGCAGCAGCCUGACACACCCCCUCAGGCUGUUGCUUUCACAACGAGGUCUGAUGAUGGUGAGGAUAAGCAGAUUGUCCUCACUGCAGGUCCUGCACAUUUUGGACAUGAGUUGCGUGAUGCCGAUGAGGUAAAAGGUCGUGUAGGUGUGGCGGAUCCAUUAAGAGUAUGCGAAGAUGUGCUGAACCCGGAGCAUAUCAGAGGACGCAUUGCUAUAGUGGAGCGUGGAGACUGUAUGUUUGUUGAGAAGGCAAGACGGCUGCAGAAAGCUGGAGCCAUUGCAGGCAUUGUGAUGGACAAUACGCCAGGGACAUCAGCUGCCACCUCCCCCAUGUUUGCCAUGUCGGGCGAUGGCACUGACGAUGUUACCAUCCCUGUUGUGUUUCUCUUCUAUCAGGAUGCUUCUGAACUGAUGGAUGCUAUGUACAUCAAUCCUGCACUGGAAGUGACUGUCACAGAUUUAAGAGCCAUACAGCAGAAGCAUGAAACAGCGAAAUUGCCUACUGAUAAGCUGAAGAGUGACGGUUCGCUGUUGUCAUUACAAGAAAAAUCACAAGAUUCAACACUGGAAAGGCUAAAAGACCCAAUCCAGGAGUUCCUCAACAAACAGGAUGCUGUAGCAAAGGGAAGUGUAGGUAUCCCAGAGGUUAUGCAGGCAGAUGUAGGCAACCUCCCGGCAGCAGUGGAAAGCAAUGCUGACAGUCAGGAGACCAUUCACAUUUCUCGUCAAGACUCGUCAGCAGCAACACAGCCACCCACAGUGUUCACAAGCAGAGCAGAGGAAGAACGCUGGGUGCAGCUGCUUACUGCAUUGGCUGAAGACGAGAACAAGGGAGACGUGGUAGUGCCUGAGUCACUGGUGCGUCUCUACCACCAGAUGCUGAGCAAACAGUUUGAUGGAAGCAAGAAGGGUUCAUCUGCUCGCUUACACGCUACGUGGCUGCUCGCAGAGUUAGUGCAGCUAGCUGCCCCUGUCAAGGCAGGGGAGAGGACUUCUGGUCAGGCUGAAAUGGAACAGGAGCAGGUUGCUGUGAAACUGAGCCCACGUAGCAGUGAUGAUAUAGUGCUAGGAACAGCAGAAGAGGACGGCUGUGAUAAGGGCAGUGAAGAUUGCGUGAGGCUCCGAACUUCUUCAGACAGGGUAUGGGAAGACAAGCAGUUAGGACAUGGGUCAGAUGAACUAUGAAAGUUACACAAAAUGUGAGGUGAAUACUGUCUUCUGUUCAGGUCUGUUUACCUUAUGAAACAUUUUCUAUACUUCAUAUUCCAAGCUCUCAUCCAUGUGCUACAAUGUUUGUAAGUCAUAGUUUCCUAAUGACUAGAAAGAAUUUGAAGUAUUUUUGAAAAUUUACUUUUCCUAAUUGCAGUUUAUCUCAAAUAUUGUACUGUUGAAUGUUUUAAUCUCUUUCUGUGAAUUUGAUUUUACUGUUUUAGUUUCAAUCUUGGAAUAUUCUGCUGGUAAAAUGGCAUGAAGUGUUUCUUUCGGAUGCAUUAAAGGGUACUUUAAAUGGAAUGAGAGUAACGCGUUAUGAAGUAAACAUACCAAAGUACCAACAACAAUUCAGAAAGUCAAAAACAUUGGCUUUGGGCCCAUAGCCAACAGUGCUUGCUCAUCUGCUGGUUUAUUAAGGGCAUUAUAAGUUUUGUGAGAAGUGAGAUGUUCUGUGACAGUGAUUUUCAACCCAUGAAUGGAAAAUAUUUUAUUACACAUCUCAGUGGGGGGGCAGAACCCCUCAUCAGUUAAAAUGAUGUGGCAUUAUCUGGAUGAAACAGUCCCUAGUGAAGGGACUGGAAUAAAAGUUAUGUUUGUGUUAAAGAAUUGUACCUAAGGAUUUUGUGUGAAUGAGUAAUACAGUUAUUUUCUAUCAGAAUUUACCACUGUGAUUGUUGUCAUCUUAAAGUCAUAUAAAUAUGGUACCUGCUUGCCUAAGUCAUUCCAGUUGUCUGGUUAUACCAACUUGACCUGUAAUUGAAUUGUCACACUGGCAGUAGAAAUGUCAUUGUCAUGUAUAUUGUGAAAGCUGGACAGACUAUGUUCUUGUUUGGAUGGAGGCAAUCCUUAUUUACUCAGCAGUAUGUAGAUUGACACUUCCGUCCUCAUCAAUUGACACACAUUAUCAGUGAAGCAUAUAAAGAUGUCAUGAAAUAGUUGAACCUCUUCACUGCUAAGCUCUGCUAUAGUAGUGUUGACACAUAUGCUUCCUUAGUUGAUUCUAUAGCUGGAUCAGUGCUCGGAGAUGAAUUUCCAUCUGGUGCUGCCAGCUGUGGGAGCACUGAAGAAGCUGCUGGAAUGAUAAAUGAAAAGUGUAAAAAACAAAGCAAUGAGGUUUUGCUAGCGGAAAGUUGCGGAUUCAAGUCCUGAUGAGAUCAUUGGAUUUUUUUUCAAUUGACCUAAUCCUUCCAGCCACACUAGGCCCUGGG